AUGCCGGUGCGUGCGUCCAGCGGCGCGGCGGUUGGGGGUAGCGGGGACGGGGGAAGGAGCGCGCAGGGGCAGCUGUACCGUGUCCUCGGGGCCCGGCUGUCUGUCUCUCCCAGCAUUGCCCGCUUCGUGCUCGAGCAGACGAAAAAAGGCUCUACCGUGCCAUUUCUGGCGCGCUACCGUCGCGACGAAACCGGACACCUUGAUGAGACGGCCCUUCGCCAACUCAUUGACAUGGCGGAGGAGCUCCAGGAGGUGCAGCGGCGCCGCACAUUUAUGCUCAAGAGCCUCAAAAAUCGUGGCCUUCUCACGGAGGAGCUUCAGGACGCCUUCGAGAAGCUGGUGCACCUGAAUCAGUUGGAGGAUGCAUGGGAGCCCUUUAAGGAGAAGAAGACAAGCCUGUCUCACAGGGGUCGGGAGGCUGGAUUGGGGCCUCUUGCGAAGCAGCUGCUGUACACGUCGGAGCCAAUGGGUGAUGUGUCGGAGCGGUUGCGUUCUGUUCCAGAUGGCGCCAAACUUUUUCAGGCUGUCGUUGUGGAGGAGGUGCAGCGCUGUGACGAGGUGCGACAACUAAUGCUGGUCGAGUGUCGACAAGGCGGUGUGAUCAGCAGUGCACUCGUGGCAAGCCCACGGAAGAGGAAUGCCAAGGAAAUCGGAGCUGUCGCCUUUGACAUGCUUAAAAAGCAAUUCGAAGCCUACGAAAAUCGCCGAUGGCCCGUGCAACGCAUCAGCGCUCAUAACGUCUUGGCGUUGCAACGUGGUGAGAGCAAGGGUGUGCUUCUGGUGAAGAUGAUUCCUCACGGUCGAAGCAAGGAUGCCUUCUUUGCGUGGGCACGACAAAAGUUCAAUGGCUCGCAGAGGCAGAAGGACCCCAAGGCGGUUCGACUACUAAGUCAAUGCCUUGAGGCUGCGUACGAGCACAUAUUAAAGGCCACACACACAAUUAUACGACGUGACUUGAAAAAGAGCGCCGAAAAGGAGGCUAUUGCUGUGUUUGCCCACAAUCUUCGUCAUAUUCUUAUGCAGUGUCCUAUGCGGGAUGCGAGAAUCCUGGCAAUGGACCCGGGCGUCACCAACGGUGUCAAGUGUGUCGCGUUGGACGAGAAUGGUGGCGUAUUAACUCGUUUCAAGUGCGUCAUUAUGGAUAAACCCAAGAUGAAGGACUACAUCAGCGGCUGCGUUGAAAAAUUAAACCUCAAUAAGAUUGUCAUUGGCAAUGGGACGGCCUCGCGAGAGGUGGCCCACAUUGUCGCUGACACUAUUGAACAGAGGGGGUUAAGCGUUGAGUACGCAAUCGUAAGCGAGGCGGGGGCAAGCGUGUACUCCGUCUCAGAUGUCGCGAAGGAGGAGUUUCCAACCCUCGAUGCGAUGUACCGUGGGGCGGUAAGUAUUGGUCGCCGGGUUAUUGAUCCACUCAGUGAACUCGUUAAGAUCCCGGUGCGUUCUAUGGGUAUUGGCAUGUACCAGCACGACAUUAGCGAAGUGCAACUGUUGCGUGCAUUAAAUCGAGUGGUGGAAUCUUGUGUAACCUGCGUGGGCGUGAAUGCUUUGAUUACCAACCGCUACGUGAUGGAAAAAAUACCGGGCAUCACAAAGAGCAUCGUCGAUCAAAUUGUCCUUGCACGAUAUGCGAAGAAACUGAAGAGUCGGGAGGAUUUGCGCCGGGUUCCAGGCAUGACGGAGGCGAUGUACCAGCAGGUCGCCGGCUUUUUCCGCUUUCCUAAUUCCUCUAAUCCGCUGGACAAUACCAAUAUCCAUCCCGAGUCGUACAGCGUCGUGCAAAAGUUGCUGGAACUGUACGAGGGGAGGGAGCGACGAGAGGUUGGUGGCCUCCUUCUUCGUCUGAAAGGCGUGGAACUUGGUGAGGUGGCGUGCAGUGUUGGAUGUGGUGAGGCAACGCUGGAACUUGUGGCGCGGGAGCUCGCCUCACCGGCCCUUGAUCCACGCUCGGAAUUGCCUCACGCAGGACUUUUUCGUCGCGCUCCGCAGAAGGUGGACGAGCUUAAACCCGGCGACAAGCUAAUAGGGGUUGUGCAGAGCGUGACAACGUUUGGCGCGUUUGUGGACGUCGGUCUCCAUGACAAUGUCCUCGUGCGAGAUGUGGACAUGGACACUUUGCACACCGGUAGUCUUUUGGGGGACCUGUGCUUUGAGGGGCUUGACCAGCUUGGGAGGGUUCGUGUUCGGUACGAUGGCACCCAGCAUGCGCGGGAAGGCGCCGCUGCGCGAUCCCAGCGCCAAGGUCUGGCUCUCGAGUCGGAGGACUUCCUUCUGCUGAAGCAUCCGAGAUCAACUGAGGCGGAGCCGACGUUAAGCGAUAGCCUCGCCGCGGUGCGUGAAGAACGUCAUAAGUUGUUUGCCUCUGCAUUGUCUUCUAAUGGAGGGCACGAGGCUGCGGGGGUUGCCGCCGCCGCCGCCGUUACCCACGCCGGUGCCAAGGUCGUUAGGCCGUCCAAGAGGCCACGCACGGAAGAUGCUGCGGCCGAGGCUGCUGCAGACAAAACGACAACGACUGUGGCGCCGGCAGCAGCGGCAGCACCGUUGAAGAAAAAACGGGCUGAGAGGAAACGGCAUGCUGUGUUAUCUUUGCCUUCUGAAGAACAGGAGGAACAAGAUGCGACUCAAAUUGUUGGUGACGCCGUACCGUGGUGGCGCCCAGACGAAGGGGCCAAGGCUAAUGGACCGAUUGCGGGGCGCGUGGGGGCUGGUAAAGAAAAGGCCCCAGGUGCGAAGGUGCCAAGGGCCUCGGAGACGCCGCGUCCAAGAGAAGCUUUACAGCCAGCAACUCCCACUAUAGCCAAGGACAACGAGGAAAUCGAAAUGUUCUUCUCCUUUUAG